CCACUUUCUUUGGUUGCGGCAGCCACCUCCGGAAGUCUCUGUACUCCUCAAUGAUCUCCCAUACAAUGACUUCAACGCGGUGGUGAAAAGCCUGGUUGCGGUCCGUCAAAUCGGCGAGCCUCUUGUUGUAACUGGUGCUGUGCCAGGGUCAUUCUAUGAGAGGCUCUUCCCUAGUGCCUCCGUGCAUCUUUUCUGUUCAUCCAACAGUCUUUAUUGGCUCUCGAAGGCUCCUGAAGAUUUGAGGAUAAACCAGAUCCCGGCGUAUGACGUCGAUGAGAAUGCCAGGCGUGAAAGACUCCCAGUGGUCGCUGGAGCUUAUGCACAGCAAUUCAGGAAAGAUUUCACGCUUUUCCUGCAGCUGAGAGCCAAAGAAUUGGUCCCGGAAGGCCGGAUGGUUGUUUCGCUCCAGGGGAGGCGUUCUGAUGAGCCCGUCACCGAGAGCUCUCUCAUCUGGGGAACUGCAGCUCAGAUUUUAGGCACCAUGGCCUCAGAGGGUGUGAUUGACAAAGAAAAACUUGAUUCUUUGUACAUACCGGUGCAUGGACCUUCUGACGAAGAGCUGAGAGAGAUCAUCCAAGAAGAGGGCUCCUUCUCAAUCACAGAGAUGCGGGUGCACGACCCUAUAAGCGGCAUGGACCGCGCGCUCCUCACCCCAAACAGGCUGGUGAACAGUCUGAGAGCUGCUUUCGAGCCAAUAAUAGUCCAGCAUUUUGGAUCGCUUGGAGAGAUCAUGGAUGAAUUCGUGAGGACCGGCGAGAAGCACUUGAGCCUGCAGCGCAGGUCACAGGUCAAGCACGCCAGAAACCCGAGAGUUAUGCUGGUUGUAUCACUCACCAAGGCAUGACAUGGCAAUUGACGUGCUGCUGCUGCUAGUCUGUAUCCCUCACCAAUUUGUGUCAUGCCUGUGAAAUUCAACAUCGAACUUAACCGGAUUUGUGAGAGACGGACAAGGCAAAUAUCUGCUGAAAUUGCAUUGUGAGACAUAUACUUUGCUGAAUUGAGUGAUAUUGAAGUUCUGCAAAGGUA